AUGGAAAAUUUAAAAUACUGCAGCCCUCUGCUAGAUGUAAUAGAUGAAAACUUAGAUAGACGGUUUAAACAGUUUUUGCAGUUGGAACCAGCAGCAAAUGAUGCCAUACUAGCCUCACUCUGCUCUCUCUGUGGAGCGACUCUUUUCCUUUGGGGACAUGAUCAAGAGGCCUCACAGAAGGAAGAUGAGCGACAAUAUGUUUGA